AUUGGGGAGAUAUCAAAGAUCUGGCUGAAGGCAGGCGUAAUCAUCUUUGAGUAAUGCCCCUCACUAUGGGGAAAGGCAGACUUCCUCACUCAAGUUUCCUGCUACUUCUCCUUGUCCUGUUUUCUACCAAUGCUUCAAACUCUGCAGAACCGCAGUAUAUGGUGCUGGUCCCCUCCUUGCUCCACACUGGAACCCCUGAGAAAGUCUGCCUCCUUCUGAGCCACUUGAAUGAGACAGUGACUCUAAGUGAUUCUGGAGUCUCUCAUGGGAGAAACAGGAGCCUCUUCGCUGACCUGGUGACAGAGAAGGACUUAUUCCGCUGUGUCUCCUUCACUCUCCCAAGGAUCUCAUCCUCUUCAGAGGUGGUUUUCUUCACUUUCCAGAUAAAGGGACCAACACAGACUUCAGGAAGAGAAAAGACAGUAUUGGUAAGAAUGAUCAAAGUCUGGUCUUUGUCCAGGACAGAUAAACCCAUCUAUAAACCAGGACAGACAGUAAAAUUUCGUAUUGUCUCUGUGGAUGAAAAUUUCACCCCUGAAUGAACUGGUAAAUAUCUCAAUAUUAUAAUUCCACUGGUGUACCUUGAGAACCCAAAAAGGAGUCGAAUUGGACAAUGGCAGAAUCUCAAGUUAGAGAGUGGCCUCAAACAAUUAGCCUUUCCCCUCUCAUCAGAGCCAAUUCAGGGCUCCUACAAGGUGGUGGUGAAGAAGGAAUCGGGCGGAAGUAUAGAGCACUUCUUUACUGUGGAGGAAUUUGUGGUUCCCAAGUUUGAGGUCAAAGUUCAAGUCCCAAAGAUAAUCACUAUCAUGAUAAAAGUGAAAAUAUCAGUAUGUGGAAUAUACACCUAUGGGAAACCUGUCCCAGGACUUGCAACUGUGCGUGUGUGCCGAAAUUUAUUUCAGUCUUUUUACUGUAAAAAAGAUUUCUGUGAAGAAUUCAGUCAACAGCUCAACAGCAAUGGCUGCACCACAAAAGAAGUAAAUACAGACUUGUUCCAUAUUAGAUCUGCGGGUUUUGAAAUGCAACUUAAUGUGGAAGCCAAGAUCAGAGAAGAGGGAACAGAACUAGAGUUCACUGGACAUGGGACCAGUAAAAUCACAAACAUUGUAACCAGACUCAAGUUUGUGAAAGUGGAUUCACACUUUAGACGAGGAAUACCCUUCUUUGGACAGGUGCUUCUGGUGGAUGGAAAUAAUGUUCCCAUCUCCAAUAAACUCGUCUCCAUCUCUGCAAAUGAAGGCGAUUACUUUUUCAACGCAACCACCAAUGAACAGGGUCUUGCACAGUUUUCAAUCAAUACUACCAAUAUAUUGAGUAGACAACUUUUUAUUACAGCCUACCAUGAGAAACCUAACAUGUGUAUUAGCUAUGCAUGGCUAGGAGAAGAGCACCAGACAGCUUUUCACACUGCGAGUCAAGUUUAUUCCUUAAGUGGAAGCUAUGUUCAGGUGGAGCCUGUGGAUAGUAUCCUGCCCUGUGGCCAAACACAGACUGUCAAGGCACACUACAUACUCAGGGGGUCAGCCACUGGGGAACUGAAGGAGCUCACUUUCUAUUACCUGAUCAUGGCUAAGGGAGGCAUCAUCAGAUCAGGAACACACGUGCUGCCUGUAGAGCCAGAAGAUGGCAGUUUUUCCUUAUCCAUCCCUGUGACAUCAGACAUUGCUCCCAUCGCACGAUUGUUCAUCUUUACUGUUUUACCAAAUGGAGAAGUUAUUGGAGAUUCAGAGCGUUUUGAGAUUGAAAACUGUCUAACCAACAAGGUGGAUUUGAGCUUCAGCCCAGCACAAAGUCCUCCCACCUCACAUGCCCACCUGCGCGUCACAGCUUCUCCUCAGUCCCUCUGUGCCCUCCGCGCAGUGGACCAGAGCGUGCUGCUCAUGAAGCCUGAGGCUGAGCUGUCCCCAUCCUCGGUAAUAACCUGCUCACUUACGAAGGACCUCACUUAUUUCCCUGAAAAUUUGGAAGACCAGGAAGAAAGAGAAGCACGCUGUGGUUAUAGUUAUAUCUUUGGUCAAGGAAUGUACAUUGAAGGAGAUAUCUAUAGCUUUCUAAAGAUGAAUUCUUAUUAUUUUUUUCUUAUUUUGAUAGGUUUACCAGGUGCAGCAGGUCCAUAUAUUCCUCAACCUAUGGCAUAUAAUGUAAUGUAUGAAAGUAACAUUCAACGUCCAGAGCCAGUCUCUGAAACGGUGCGGAGUUAUUUUCCUGAGACCUGGAUCUGGGAGUUGGCGGUGGUGGACUCAUCAGGUGUGGCUGAAGUAGGAGUAACAGUCCCUGAUACCAUCACUGAGUGGAAGGCAGGGGCUUUCUGCCUGUCCAAUGACACUGGACUUGGUUUCUCUCUUCCUGCCUCUCUCCGAGCCUUCCAGCCCUUCUUUGUGGAGCUCACAAUGCCCUACUCUGUGAUCCGUGGAGAGGCCUUCACACUCAAGGCUACUGUCAUCAACUACCUUCCCAAAUGCAUCCGGGUCAGAGUGCAACUGGAAGCUUCUACAGCCUUCCUAGCAGUCCAAAACACCAAGGGAAAAGAAUCCUACUGCAUCUGUGCAAAUGAGCGACAAACCGUCUCUUGGGCUAUAACUCCUAAAACUCUGGGGAAUGUGAACUUCUCAGUGAGUGCAGAAUCAGUGCAGUCCCUAGAGAUGUGUGGAAAUGAGCUUGCUGAGGUCCCCGAGACAGGGAGGAAGGACACAGUCAUCAAAACCCUAUUGGUGGAACCUGAAGGUGUUGAGCAAGAAAAGACUUUCAACUCCAUGACCUGUGCUUCAGGUACUGAAAUAUCUGAGCAAUUAUCCCUGAAGCUCCCAGAAAAUGUUGUCAAACAAUCUGCCAGAGCCUCUUUCUCAGUUUUGGGUGACAUAUUAGGUUCUGCUCUGCAAAAUAUACAGAAUCUGCUCCGGAUGCCCUAUGGCUGUGGAGAACAAAACAUGGUCCUUUUUGCUCCUAACAUCUAUGUGUUGAACUAUCUGAAUGAAACCCAACAGUUGACCUCAGAGAUCAAGUCUAAAGCCAUUGGCUAUCUCACCAGUGGAUAUCAGAGACAGCUGAACUACAAACAUCAAGAUGGUUCCUAUAGCACAUUUGGGGAGAAAUAUGGCAACCAACAGGGCAACACUUGGCUCACAGCUUUUGUACUGCAGACUUUCGCCCAGGCUCGACCUUACAUCUUCAUUGAUGAAGCACACAUUACUGGAGCCCUCACCUCGCUGUCCCAAAAGCAGAAGGACAAUGGCUGUUUCAGAAGUUCUGGGUCACUGCUCAACAAUGCCAUGAAGGGAGGAGUGGAAGAUGAAGUGACCCUAUCUGUCUACAUCACUAUUGCUCUUCUGCAAAGUGCUCUUCCAGUCACUCAUCCUGUUGUGCAAAAGGCCCUGUUGUGUUUAGAGUCUGCCUGGAGCACAGUGAAGGAGGGGACUGGAGGAAGCCACACCUACACCAAGGCAUUGUUGGCCUAUGCUUUUGCCCUCAUGGGAAACCAAGAUAGGAGAAGAGAAAUACUGAACUCUCUGGAUAAGGAAGCUGUGAAAGAAGAUAACUCAGUCCACUGGGAGCGAUCUCAAAAACCCAGGGCAACAGAAAGUUAUUUUUACCAGCCCCGUGCACCCUCUGCUGAGGUGGAGAUGACAUCCUAUGUGCUCCUUGCUUAUCUCACUGCUCAGCCUGUCCCAAGUUCAGAGGACCUGACUUCUGCAUCACACAUUGUUAAGUGGAUCACAAAGCAACAGAAUUCUUAUGGGGGCUUCUCCUCUACCCAGGACACAGUGGUGGCUCUCCACGCCCUGUCUAGAUAUGGAGCCGCCACCUUCACCAGGAGUCGGAAAACUGCUCAGGUGACCAUUCGUGAUUCACAGACAUUUUCCACAAAACUCCAAGUGGACAGCAACAACCUCCUGUUACUACAGCAGGUCUCCUUGCCAGAGGUACCUGGGGAAUAUGUCAUAACAGUGACUGGAGAAAGAUGUGUGUAUCUUCAGACCUCCAUCAAAUAUAAUAUUCUUCCUGAGAAAGUAGACUCCCCGUUUGCUUUGGAGGUGCAGACUCUGCCCCAAACUUGUGAUGGAGUCCAAGCCCACACCAGCUUCCAGAUCUCAGUGAAUGUCAGUUACAGAGGGAGCCGCUCUGUCUCCAACAUGGUGAUUGUGGAUGUAAAGAUGGUAUCUGGUUUUAUUCCCUUGAAACCAACAGUAAAAAUGCUUGAAAGAUCUAGCCACGUGAGCAGGACAGAAGUGAGCAAUAACCACGUCAUCAUUUAUGUGGAAGAGGUAACAGAUAAGACACUAAGUUUUUCCUUCACGGUUCUUCAAGACAUCCCAGUAAGAGACCUAAAGCCAGCAAUUGUUAAAGUCUAUGAUUACUAUGAGACAGAUGAGUCUGCUACUGCUGAGUACAUCGCCCCCUGCACCACAGGUGCAGAACAAGAAAAUGUUUGAGGACUGUAUUUAGGCUACAUAGUUUGGUGGAUUCACUGUCCCGUACUUCUAUUUAGAAGAAAUCAAGUUGUUCAUUUCUGUAAAGCAGACACCAAAAUGGCUUAUUGAAUAAAUAUAUAUUUCUGGUCAAGCCAUUAUUUGUUCCAUCAUUCAUUCAUUAAACAUUCAUUGCAUGCUUA